AUGAGUUCAAAAAUGUGGACUAAUAAAACCAGCGAAACUGUUCCAUUGACACCUGCCAACGAACCAUCAUCGCAUUCACGAGUUGCUUCUCUAGGUCGUAAGUUUGGCACAACUUAUUUUAUUAUUUCGGUAAUAACUCUUUCCUGUAUUCCAAUCAUUGAGUUAGUAAUUGGUUUGUAUUAUAAAGGAGAGUGUCCAAUUAAUCAACUUAUUGCAACAUAUAUGAUCGGUAUUGGUAUAUGUGGUCUAAUAUUGGUUGCUUUAUCUCUCUUUUUGUCUAUUACAUAUGUAUGUUUUAUACCUGAUUCAGCAUCAUUAACUUUGAUGGCUAGUUGUGGUGUAUGUUUAAAUGUCAUAGCAACAAUUAUUAUUUCAAUAAUUGUAUUUAUAUGGUUUAUUUUGGGUUGUAUAUGGGUAUUUAGUAAUGCUUCAAGAGUACAAUUUCAUGAUCCAUUGAAAAAUACUUAUUGUGAUCCUUUUCUAUAUAAAUCAACAUUUAUAUUACUUAUUAUUACAAUUAUUUGGGCUCUCAUUCAAGGUUGUAUAUCAUGUUGUCGUGCAUGUUGGACAAGUGAAAGUGAUUAG